AUGGUGUCUGCAUCAUUAAGCAGACUUAAGGCAAAACUGUCACAUGGUGAUGGCAUUGUUACUACUUCACACGACAGAAGUUCAGAUGAGAUCAUUGGAGGACGGGAAGCUAAGAAGUACUCCCGUCCUUACAUGGCUUACACAAUCAUCAAAACAUCUGAGAAUGAAGAACUGGCAUGUGGAGGGUUCCUGAUCCAGGAAGAUGUGGUGGUGACAGCGGCUCACUGUAACACCGAGCCCAGGCAUCUGAGCAAAAUGUCUGUGAUUCUGGGAGCACACAACAUUCGAAAGCCAGAACCAAACUCUCAGCAGAUCAAGGUGAGGCACUGGAUCCCCCACCCGAAAUACAACAGGACGACCUUACGCUAUGACAUCAUGCUUCUGCAGCUGAAACACAAAGCCAGGCUGAAUCACCGAGUGCAAACCAUCCCUCUGCCUGCUUGGAAGAAAAAUGUGAAACCAGGAACCAUGUGCUCCGUGGCUGGCUGGGGUAGAAUACACCUGUGGAGUAACAAGACAUCUGAUGUAUUGCUGGAGGUGGACCUGAUGGUCCAGAAAGAUCGCAUCUGCAAAAAGACAUUCUCUGGUUAUUCUCGUAAGGUUCAGAUGUGUGUAGGAGAUUCCUCUGGAAAGAAAUCAACAUUCAAAGGUGAUUCUGGGGGUCCUCUGGUGUGCAAUGGGGCAGCCUAUGGCAUUGUCUCCUAUGGACCACAUGGAACAACCUUCCCUGAUGUAUUUGCAAAAGUCUCCAGUUUCAUCCCCUGGAUCAAGAAAGAGCUUAAAAAGAUGCAUUCUUAGGGACCACCUGGCUCCUCUUUCUCUGCCAGCAUCACAUGAUAGUCAUCGCCUUGCACCUCUGAGUUGAACUGAACCAAGUUGGUGUGCAAAAUCAAACAGCAUCCCAGAACGCUUAAAAAAAAAAAAAAAGUAGUUGAUUUAGAAA